UCUUCCUUCGCCAGAAUCAUGAUUAUCCCCGUAAUGUAGUGCGCAGAACAUCUGGCGUUUUCUGCAGUAGUUCCGAAAAUGCCAAGUAACGGGAAGCCACCUAUUCAUGUGGCGGAUCCUAGUGUCGUCUGCGCUACUGUUUAUGUUUCGGACGUCCUGUAAGUCACUCUACCUACGUACAAGUCUGGGAUGUUCUGACGUGGGAUGGUGGCCUCUCUAGCGGCAUGCUUGCCACCGAGCUAUACAAAGCACCACAGCGAAUAUAAAGCCUGACCUCACACAUAGUUUGGUUUAGUAGCGUCGAUCGUGCUCUAGCGGAGAAUCAAGUACCGAUGUAGACAUGGGCCAAGUCAAGGAAUGGCCACGGGGAUUCUCCACACGUUCAUGGAUCCUUGUCCUUGGAGCGCUUCUCGCCACAGAAGGUACACUAGCAGAUGAUCAUCACCCGGCCAAGGAGUCCUGUUCAGUGUCAAGCGAUACGUGGAUACUAAUAAUCACCGGACUUGUGGCUCUAGUUCUCAGCUUCCUUUCUAACAUAUUUCUGCUGGUCGUCGUGCAUCACCAACACCGUGCUGUUCAGAAAGCUGUGAGUAAGUGCGCAACGGCCACGACUGGAAACGAGUCGGCACCAGCAUAUCCGAUGCAUAUCACGGCAAUCAGCGUGCAAGGCGCGAUACCAAAUCCUGACAAUCUCCAGACGGAACUACCAGCAUAUGUGGACGUAGUGACUGAUCCAGAGCCCGGAAGAGCUGAGACGUGAGAGGAAGCGCUGUCCAACUGCGAGAACAGAACUCCGGAUCGAUCCUUGAGACACGGAAAAGAUUAGGCCAUGGAGCGUACACGCACGACUGCCAGAGUGCGAUGAUUAUGGCAGCUUAAGAAUGUGCUCCAUCCAGUACUACAGGACGGAAGAAAAACACGCUAUCCAUAGCACCAGAAUUUCUCCCGGCUUGGGUGAGUAGCAUUGGUCACGUGAUACGUACAUCAUGGCUAACAGUUUGUUUACCGAACCAAGUUGUUAAGAACUUCAUAUUUCUCCGUUGCGAGCGAAUAAGUGAAGUUGACGAGUCAUAAUUAAUAUUUUGCUUAACUAAAUGCUGAUGUAGACCGACUGCUGCGCACAGAUACUGCAGUAUUGUGAAGAUCAUGCCCAUGCAUUUGUACACCCUGUGACACGCUCUAUAAUGCUCUCUAGUGGACGGUAUAAUGAUGCCAUAAUUUUACAGUAAACGUUGAACGUGAUAUGCCACCAGCAGAAACGAAUCCGCUGCAAUCACAUGCAUCAUACAUGUUUAAUGUAGAUUCGCUGUUAUUAUCUAGUGCUUCCCGUUCUUAUUCAUGGAUUCAUGAUGUCUUAGCUGGUGUGAUUCAUUGAUCGCGUUUGCUUCAAGUCAGUGUGACAUUACGACGCUAUAUUAUUUUAGUCAAAUGCCUAAGUCAUAACUAUCGAGCAUCGCUUUAUCACAAGACCACACAAUAAUUUAUUGUUUCAUACGGUUACCUUGCAGAUUAGUAAAAGUAGAACGGAACUCAGGAAAGUUAUUUUCUCCUGUGACAUCCCAUUAUUUCGCUAUCUCA